AUGUCGAGCAUCACUACUCCUGGUCCCGGGUCAGGACCUCCCGCCACUGCAACGCCUGUUCCCGGCUCUUCCUCCUCCACACCGCUUCCAUCCUCUGCAUACGACGCCGACGAUGACUCCUCGCCUCGCAACAUCCACCUGUCCAUCCCGACCCGCUUUCUGCUCCUCCCAGGCACGGCCAUCCUCGUAGGCACCACGCUUGGCCUCGUCCGCGGCUCACGCGUCGCCUCCCUCCGCUUCCUCGCCGAGAACGCGCACCGGCCACCGACGACCGUGCGCGGCUGGUACUUCUACAACAAGACGAAGAACUAUCGCGUCAUGAUGGCCGGGCUGAAGAUGGCGGCGCUCGACGCGGGGAGGCUCGGCGCGACGGCGGCGGCGUGGGUCGGCGUAGAGGAGGCGGUGAGCAGGGCGGGCGAGGGAUGGGAGGACGUGAGCGAGGUCGCGGCGGGGACGGGCACGGCCGCGCUGUUUUCUGCCGUUUACCGGCUGCCUCGUAAAGUGGCCUAUCGUACCGUUGCGCUCGGUCUGCUCGUGGGAUGCUCGCUUUCGGCCCUCCGCGCGUCUAGACGGUACCUCGUACGGAUGCGGGACGAACGCGCUGCUCUUGCAGCGGCAGACCCCGCCGCCACUGCCGACGCGGAUAGCGCGGUGACUACGAGGCUCGGUGCCGCCCAUGUCGAGGCCCCUUCGGACGCCAAGAAGACAUAG